CGUCUUACUUCUAUAUCUCGUUUUUCGCUGCUGUGCAGUCUGCCGAUGAGCUGCGGCAUCUUGUAGGGUGUAACUCGCAGUCUACGUUUAAUAUAGAGAACAGAAGACCUCUGUAAACCGAAAUGGGCAACCCAAAAGUUUUCUUUGACAUCACCAUCGAUGGCAAGAGUGCAGGACGGAUUGUGAUGGAGCUGAGAGCUGAUGUGGUCCCAAAGACUGCUGAGAACUUCCGAGCCCUGUGCACCGGGGAGAAGGGUUUUGGCUACAAGGGUUCUGGCUUCCACAGAGUCAUCCCUAAAUUCAUGUGCCAGGGAGGUGACUUCACAAACCACAACGGGACUGGUGGCAAGUCCAUCUAUGGUGAGAAGUUCGCUGAUGAGAACUUCACCCUGAAGCACAUGGGGAUGGGCACUCUGUCCAUGGCCAAUGCAGGACCCAACACCAAUGGAUCCCAGUUCUUCAUCUGCACUGCUGAUACUGCUUGGCUCGAUGGCAAGCACGUUGUGUUUGGGAAAGUCGUUGAUGGUAUUGACGUCGUCCAGAAUGUUGAAAAGAAAGGAAGCAGCAGCGGCAAAUGCUCUGCCAAGAUCCUCAUCGCUGACUGUGGCCAGCUUUAAAGAUGGCUGUCGCCUGACCGCUCUGAUCACUUGCAUUCUUUUGGUUCCCCCACCUUUUUUUUUAAUUUUUUUUUUUUAUUUUCUAAGCAAUUUCUCUUCUUAAGAAAUACUUGUUCCAUGUAUCAUGGCAUCAUUUUAUGCAUUAACAGCAAGUACAUUUAACAAAGUAAAGAUUAAAGUUGGAACAAGAUUCCUUAUACGAGAUUAUUUUGUAUGACUGUCUUUAAAUUGAUCACAGUAUAUUUCUUCAAGUGGUUUAAUAUUCUCAAAGCCUUUAAACCACAAAACAUCAUUCCUAUUCUGAGUUUUCUGGGAACAAAUGUUAUUAAACCUUGAUUUCAGAUGUGA